CGGGCAGCCAUAAUGUCCGUGGAGAAGGAGAAAGCGCGCCGCCACCGCGCCGUCCCCGCCAAGAAGAGCGCGCGCUCGGACGAGGAGCACAGCCAGCGAAGCCAGGAAAGCCAGCAAAAGCAGAGCCAGCACAGCCAGCACAGCCAGCACAGCGACCAGGCCGACACCAAGGGAAUCGAAAAUGAGCUGGCCAAGAUGGAGACGGAGUUGGGCGUGAUGCAGCAGGAGCUGCUCCAGGUGCAGAGGGAGCGGGAGGUGCUCGGCAGCCACCGGCGCGCCCUCAAGGCGGCCGCCCCCGCCGUGCCCGUCCCGUUGUCCGAGUCGGCCAAUCUAUUGACAGCGCCGUCGGCGGAGCCCUUGUCAGAACCACUGGCAGGGCCAUUAGCAGAUAUGAACCACGCGGCCGCGGGGGCCGUCAGGGCUGGGUCGGGCCCGGCCCCGCAGUGCACUCCCGAGCAGCGCGGCUCGCUCGGCUGGCGCCACGAACCCGUCACGCGCCUCCGCGAGGCCCUGGAGGCCAAGGCCCUGGAGAACUGCCAGCUCCGCGGCCAAGUGGAGCGCCUGCAGGAGGCCCUGGAGGGCUGGCAGAAGCGCGCCAUGGAGCUCAAGUGCGAGAAGAACAAGGUACACGCGUGCGAAAAUUCCCGCCACGCAAUGGUAGGCUCCAGGGAGACGGCCCUCGAGCGCCAGCAGAUGGUGCAGCAGAUGACGCUGCAGUACAGCGAGGCGCAGGAGGAGCUGCAGGAGAUGAGGACUCUCAUCGAGGACCAGGCAGGCCACCUGGAAGGCUACAGGAACAAGUACCUGAUGGCGCGGCAGCAGGCUGAGGAGCAGAAACGCCUCAUCGAGCAGAUGGAGACGGAGCACGACCGCAUCGCGGACCAGGUGCUCGCCGAGCUGCACCGCGCCAAGGCCGAGUUCGAGGCGCAGCUGCAGGAGUUGGCGCCACUGCCGGACAUCCUGGCCGCCACGCAGGCCAAGAUGCAGGAGGAGCGGCAGAUGCGGGUCGCCGCGGAGCAUGGCAGCGCCGAGCUCAGCCACCAGCUGGCCGCCGCGCUCGAGCGGCUGGAGGACGCGGAGAAGGCCGCCAACGAUCUGCGGGCGCAGCAGCAGUCCUGGACGGACGAGCGGCAGUCCCUGGUGUCGCACGUGGACGCCAACGGCAGGAAGUGCGCCAAGCUCAGGGACGACGUCGCGUGGUACAAGCACCACAUGGAGCAGUUGGAGCAGCUGCACGAGGACACCGUGCUGGACCUGGCCAGGGUGCGGGCUGAGCUCGAGGCGUCCAAGGACCAGGCGACUCGACAGGCGGCGCGUCUGCGAGAGCAGGCCGACACGAUGCAGCGCUCCUUCCGCAAGCAGAUCGGGGUCCUGGAGCAGGAGCUGGCGGAGAGCAGGGCCAGCGCGGCCACGGCGCACAAGGAGAAGGAGGAGUUCCAGCAGCGGCUUCAGACAGAGGUUUCCAACAUGAAGCAGAGCUUUGGCCAAACUCAAGACAGGAUAAAGAACCUGCAGAUGGUGGUGGACGUCCUGCAGAACAACGUGUUAAACGUCAACAUGGACAAGGCUCCCGCGGAAGCGCUGGCCCAAAUUUAGCUGCUCCUUCUCCAAUAAGUGCAUGUUUGCUAUUCAUUUCGUAGAUUGUACAGUGCAAUAAAUAUCCCAUUUAGUUACUACCGACCCUUGAGGCAUGUU